UUGGUGUACGAUAUUGUGUUUCGCGUGCCAUACACCCCGCUUGGAAACGGAUUAGAAGCGGCUUCUUGGUUGAGUUAAAAUUUAUGGGACUCAUGCCCGGCGUUCCGGCCCGGUCGGGGUGCUUAUCCGCGAUGGUUCAAGUCAUGGACCCACUGUCCACGACGUCCUCAACGAGCUCGAUCGCUAAUUGAAUUUAAAUUCAUCGUGGCCUCGUGCAUGGACGCUCCGCUCGGGACCAUUUUUGCGCUGCUGAUCCACUGGACGGCUUAUCCGUUCGGACGCGUCGUUCAGUCAGCUCGGCAUGCUGCAAGAAGACGGCGUAACACGCCCCAAUAAGUGCUCCAAAAGUAUACAACCGAUGCGCCCGGUUUGCAUUUCUAAUACGCGAGAAACCGGUGCUAUUUUCGGCCAAUAAUAGUGCUGAAGGUCAUUCGCCGGUUACACAGUGGUAGUUUUGUGUGUCCGUUGUUACUGCAGAGUGUGCGCCAAUAGCAAAAUGCAAAGCUGUAAAUCAUGAAACUGUUACUUAAAAUUCACAACAAAGAACGAAACCAGUCAAGCCCUGUCUCGACAGCCGCCAAUCUGUUCCAGCGAAAGCGUAAAUAUUACCAUCGUAGAACCUCGAAAUCAUCGUCGUCACUAGUGCCUGUCUCCCAGACUGGCACACCCGCAACACAUUCCGCGCCAUCGUCAUCCUUUCCGUCGGCGCCCGUGACGUCAUCCGCUGGUGUUCCAUCGUCUCGUGCAGUCUCUUCGGAAACGAACGAGUCCAGCUCGAUUGGCAUAGCGUCAUCUUCGACGAUCUACGGUGGAAACUAUACGACAUCGGUGCAAUGCUCAACCGACCGCUGGCCUCUACUGCAACGGAACAUCCAGUCUUCUUCAUGCAGUUUCGCUAGCAAUUCAAGAUCUGGCCGCAACAACCAGAACCGGAGCUUACCUUCGACGGUACCAUCCACUCUGCGCCAGGAACGUUACUUCAUCUACGGGGCCCUGAUUUUUUUUGCCAUCAUUGGAUUCUCGUCGGCAAUUUAUGUCAUUAUCAAUCAGACGCGCACGGCUAAUGACCUGACGCCAUCGCAAGACAUUAACUUCGAUCGUAACUAUGAUUCGCGAACCAUACCGACCCUUGGAAACAGUCACAUGAUCAUCGACCGCCGAAACUGGGGUUCCCAGGAUGAUGUUUCCGCAUCCGUUCAACUUAAACGACCCAUUUCGUAUGUUAUCGUAACUCACAUUGGCGUUAGUUCGAAGGCGUGCACAGACGUGUACCAGUGCUCAAACAAGUUACGAAUCCUGCAGGAUGCGGCCAUCGGCGAAAGACAUCUACCAGACCUGCCGAGCAACUUCUAUAUCGGGGGCGAUGGAAACGUUUACGUUGGACGCGGUUGGAGGAUAGCUAACUCGUACCACAAUCGUACACUAUCGGUUUGCUUUAUGGGAGACUACAAUCGCUACGACGUCAAUGAUUCUCAGAUUUCUGCCCUGCAACACUUGCUCACUUACGGUGUCGUACAGAAUUCCCUCGCUACAGACUACAAACUCGUGGGACGCCAGCAGACAAAGAACACAACGAGCCCGGGAAGUUUACUGUACGCCAAAAUUGUACGCCUGUCUCGCUGGGAUCCGUGUGGCACUCAAGGAUAUUCUCACUGUGGAGCUGAACUGGGAUAUCCCGCUGUUUGGGACGAAGAAAGGCUCCUUAAUAAACGGAACGGAAUCACAAUUCACAUGGUCGGCACCCGAAAAACAACUGAAGAGGAAUGAAUUUCAACCACAAAUGGCGUUCUAGUCUAGUCUAGAUUGGGCUUCGGAAAGCGUAAUCAAAUGGUAGCAGAUUCAGCAAUCGGAAUUUUGUUGUACAUUAUUGUAAAUGACUGUAUAAAAUCAGUGUAGUCAUAAUA